UACGAGCGUAAAAAGGGGGAGGCGGAAGUCCAAGGUAGGAGUAUACCAGUCACCGUAGAUUAUCGUCUCGGUUCAAUGGUCAAAUAGAACGUCGUUGAUACCUAGUUGGCCAUCUCUAUGAUGACAUCAACAGCAAAGCGUGCAGUGAUCGGGAUCGACGUUGGAGGGACAAACACUGAUGCAGUCGUCCUUAAUUUCGACAAAGAUUCUGUGGAAGUCCUUGCCUCUUAUAAAACCUCCACUACUCAAGACGUCACCUCCGGUGUUAGAAAUGCUUUGAUUUCCGUCAUUAAUAACGCGCUUGAGGAAUCGCCCAUUGCACUCGCGCAAAUAAACAUUGGGACGACUCAUUUUGUGAAUGCAGUUGUUCAAAGAAAGAACAUAGUCCGGGUUGGUGUCAUACGUCUCUGUGGCCCAUUGUCUAGCGAAAUUCCACCUUUCACUGAUAUCCCUGAAGAUUUACAAAAGCAUAUCAAUGGCGGAUUUUGUUUAGCUAAUGGCGGUUAUGACUUUGAUGGUCGAGAAAUAUCCAAAUUAGAAAAAGAGGAAAUAUUUACAUUUCUCAAAUUAAUAACUGAUAAGGGUGUUUCCAACGUCGUUGUGUCUGGUAUAUUUUCUCCAGUGCGAAUUGAACAUGAAGAACAGGUUUACAGGAUAAUCAAAGAGUAUAAUUCAGAACUAAGUGUAACAUUGUCGCAUAACAUUGGUCAAAUAGGAUUAUUGCAGAGAGAAAAUGCUGCCAUUCUAAACGAGGCUCUGAAACCCCUCUGUAGAAAAACCAUUGAACAGUUCAAUUCUGCUGUGACCGAAAUGGGCAUACUCUGCCCAAUUUAUCUGACCAAAAAUGAUGGUACCAUCAUCCAGCGGGAUCUUGCGAUAGAAUAUCCAGUUCUGGCAUUUUCAUCUGGACCCACAAAUAGCAUGCGGGGCGCAGCGUACCUUUCAGGACUCAAAGAAGCAAUAGUCAUUGAUAUUGGAGGAACCACGACCGAUGUGGGACUCAUAGCAAAAGGAUUUCCAAGACUUUCAUCAACAGAAAUAAAGAUCGGUGGAAUCAGGACAAACUUUAGCAUGCCGGAUGUAAGAAGUAUUGGUCUAGGAGGCGGAUCUUAUGUACGACAGGAUCAAGACAGGGUCGUUGUUGGACCGGAAAGUGCGGGCCUCAAAAUUCUGGAAGAAAGUUUGGUCUUCGCAGACCCCGAAAACAUAAAAGAAAAACAGAUCACUGCAACGGAUAUAUCUGUUGCAGCGAAGAUUUCGAGAGUAGGGAAUUCUGAGAACGUUCAACAUCUUGAACAUAGUUUUGUAGAAGAAGCCGUGAAAACGAUUAGGCAAAUGCUUGAAGACUGCAUCGACGAAGCAAAGAUCACCGCAAGAGACUUACCAGCAAUUUUAGUAGGAGGAGGCCACAUUCUCGUGGAUAAAAAUCAGAAACUAGUGGGAGUAAGUGAGCUCGUUAUUCCCGAACACUCUGAAGUUGUAAAUGCUAUUGGUGCAGCACUUUCCCAAGUCUCGGGAAAUGUGGAAUACGUAAAGAGUUUAGAAGAGCUUGUCAAUAAUCCGGACACGGAAAGAAUUGUGAUAGAAGCGGCAAAACCAGACAUGUCCGAAGAAGAAAAAGAAAAUGCGAAGAAGGAAUCAAGAAAAGUAAUAUAUGAAAACGUACACAUAACUCUGUUAACAGAAGCUCGUCAACUUGCAUUCGACAGUGCUUUAAAAGCCGGGGCGGAAGAAAAAUCCUUGUACGUAUUGGAGGAAGGUGAUAUCCCGUUGUCAUACCUCCCAGGAAACGUCUCGAAAUUUUACGUGAAGGUCAUUGGGGACUUAGAUAUUUUACAUCGCCCAACAUACCUAGUUUCAAACAAAUUAAAACAAACAGAUAAACAUUCUAGACAAAAAGAGACUAUUGAAGUUAGCAAGCAGAUUUACAGCAGUACCGGUUCUUCUCUGUUUAUGGAUAGUGAUUACAAACCCACACCAGACAGCCCGGUUUUUAAUUCUGAUGGCGAGUGGGUUUUAUCCGAGUUUGACGUCGAGUGCAUCAGCGUGGGUGCGGGGAUACUCGGUUCUGGGGGCGGAGGACCACCGUAUCUAGGGAAACUAAAAGCGCUGAAAUCAUUGAAAGAGGGAAAACAGAUUAGAGUAGCUGAUCCAGUCAAAAUGAUGGAAAAGGCCAAUAGUGAAAAUGAUUUGGUCGUGAUAAUAGCAAUUAUGGGCGCGCCUGUGAUAGCAGAGGAAAGGCUAUGUAGUAAAGAGUGUCAGGAUGCGUUACAGUGUAUGAAAAACGUGUACUCGGACGGCUAUAGUAAUGGGGAGAUUCCGGAUAGCAGGAAUUCCAUUCGACAGGAAGGCAACGUUAUAUGUAUUGACAAUUACCAAUACAGUCAGGAACAAGUGACGGAUGUUUCAUCAAAACUCAUGGGCAAGAAGAAAAUUGCGGGUGUAAUGAGUGCAGAGAUCGGUGGUAUGAAUGCAGUUGAGCCAUUCACAGUUGCAGCGGACAUGAAUCUGCCUGUAUUGGACUGUGAUGGCAUGGGAAGAGCCUUUCCAGAGCUCCAAAUGUUCUUGCCGUUGAUAGAAGGAAUGUUGCCCUAUCCUUCCACUUUAGCUGAUGCCAAAGGGAGACGAUCUGUUGUUCUUAAAUGUGACACUGCAAAAGAACUGGAGAACUAUUUUCGCAAAGUAGUUGUUGAAAUGGGUUGCUUGGCUGGUGUGAUCAUUUCAAGUCUACAAAAACAUGACGUUUUGAAUAAAACUGUUAUGUUUACAACAAGCCUGGCUUGGAGAUUGGGUAAAGCAGUUAUCAAUGCAAGACACGCUAAGAAAUCCACAGCAGAAGCAGUUCUUGCAGUCACAGGUGGAAAAGUUUUAAUGGUCGGUAAAAUUUCCAACGUGAUCCGGAAAACCGAGGGCGGCUUCAAUACCGGUCAUGUUGCUAUUAAGUCUAUUACCACAGAACAAACAUUAAAAGUUGAAUUCCAAAAUGAAAAUCUGGUAGCCUUAUUACAGUCAGGGGAGAAGGAAGAAGUGGUUGCAAUGGUUCCUGAUUUGAUAACGAUCAUCGACUCUGAUAAUGGAGAACCAAUCCCGACGGAGGCCGUGCGGUACGGACUGAGGGUGACGGUGCUGACCCUGCCCGCCCACGCCUCCCUCAGGACUGACCGGGCGCUGGCUUUUGUUGGUCCCGCCGCCUUUGGAUACUCGCACCUUGACUACAAACCGUGCGGCGAACCCAUGAAGCCCAUCUCUGUGCAUUCAGAAUUUUUACAUUCGAAAUAAACAAUUGUGUAAAACAAUGAAAUGUUUAAAAAUGAUUGCUUAAAAUUGAGACAUCUAAUACAGUAUGUGACAUGUAUAAUCAUAUACUAGUAUUUUGGUACACAUGUAUUGAAUGUAAAA